GCCGUCGCAAGUCUCCGCCAUGCCGAAACCUACCCCCGUGGAGGAUCUCAUAAUCCCGCCUCAGGAUCAGAAAAUAUGUGGCACCAUCUGCGUGUGUCAAAUGACAGCAGUGCUCAGCUGUGUGGCUAUAGUGUACCUCACUGUGGCGAUAUACAUGCCCUACACCCGAGCUACCGCUUCAGGGAUUGAUCCAACACCGAUCAUGUGUACCACAACAAGAGCCGUUAACAAAGACAACUGUGACUGGGGAUCCUGUGGAGAAUGGUGUCUGAGUAAGACCUCCGGCGCUUGCAUCCAAAUCUAUGUCAACGUGCGAAAAAAUGGUUCGUCUUUACUACUAUCAGAAUGUGGAAGUGCUGCAAACAAAACGUGUUACGGCAUAGAUCAAGAAAAUGCUAAAAAGUACCACUGCAUCCGCGAUGAAUGUCGCAAUUUAACGGGAACCUUUAACUGUACUGAAGGUAAAUGUAUAAACAUAACAGAUGCUUUUGAGUGUGCGUUUAGAGAAACAGAUCCGCCAUUAAAAUGUUCUGGAAGAAGAGGAAAAAUAACUUGUAUAGACGUUCACGGUUUAUUUUCAUGUAACAGAGGAACUUGUAGAAAAAUAAGGACACCUUAUAAUUGUGACAGGCGCUGCGUUGAUAUCCCAACUCGUAAUAAAAACGUGAUAGUUUUGAGUGGGGAUCGAGUGUUUUUGGCAAAAUGUGCAAAACUAGCACAAGAAGAGGGAGGAGAAGUUGUUUGGAAUGACAACGGAGAAGAAGUACUUAUGCUGUCAUGCCAUGCUGUCCACAAUGGAACGUCUGGUGUUGUGGCUGUUGAUUGCAUAAAUGCAGCACUGCUGCCAAAAACUGAAAUUUAUGACUUGACCAAUUUUACUUAUUUGCAAUAUUUGUAUACCUCAAGAGCAGUUCCAAAUCGUGUGAUUGCUCCUUCAGAAGUAGAGUUGACGUUAGCCAAUGACAGUCGAUUGAUGAUUAACCUUGAAGGGUGCGUUAAUACUCUUGCUGAUGAAUGCAAGGAAUUUCUUAAAGAUUACGGACGAGAUGGAACAGAUCACAAUGCCAAAGCAAGAUUCCCUUGUUUUUAUACCGAAAACAUGGUGGACACAGUAGUAGCCAGAUUCGACUUAGACACCACCUACCGGCAGUUCCUGGUAGCUUUGGUCUUGCCCACAGUUUUGAUUGCGGUAUCUUGUGUAACGUUGAUACUGUGUCAGAAGACCAUAGAGGUCGGUGAUGAUGCGAAGAUGAGAUUCAAGGGUUGCACCAGUGGUCAAGCUGAAAUGCAAAUGUCUCCAAACGAUCCUGUUUCUCCACUUUGA